AUGAAACGCGCCACAGUGAUCUCUGCAUUUGUGAAGACAGGGAUUCACCCUUGGAAUCCUGAUGCUCUUGAUCCUUCCUUUUUUGCACCAUCACUCAAUACUACCACUGAAGCUGCCCAGCCUAUGCCUACGCAGUUACCUUCCAUCUUAGUGCCAGUUGGCACUAAAUCUACCCUUUCUGCCGCAUCCCAUAGUGCUUUGCCAUCAGACACUUUCUAUGCGACACCCUCUCCAUCUGCAAAUGCUGGCCAGACAUCUGCUUCAGAGACAUCACCAUCAGCGCCACAAAUCCUGUCCAUUCCUCGCUAUGAGAUUUGCAAUUUACCUCCCCUCCUACCUGCAGGUGCAACGCGUGAGGAGCUGUACAAUCAAAUUGGUUAA